AUGAGCCGGGGCCGCGUCCGGCGGGCAGCUGGUAGCCCCGUCGUCGCCACCGCCGCCGCGCUGGUGCUCCUGCAGGCGGCCGUCCUGGCGCUGUCCCUCGGGUGCGAUGCCGCCGCGGUGACCGCCGACGCGGAGCCGGAUUACCGAGAGGCGCUGUCCAAGAGCCUGCUCUACUUCGAGGCGCAGCGCUCCGGGCGGCUGCCGUACAACCAGCGCGUGAGGUGGCGGGGGCAUUCGGGGAUCACCGACGGGCUGCAGCAGGGCGUGGACCUGGUGGGCGGGUACUACGACGCCGGCGACCACGUCAAGUUCGGCCUGCCCAUGGCCUUCACCGUCACCAUGCUCUCCUGGGGCGCCAUCGAGUUCGGCGACGAAAUCGCCGCCGCCGGCGAGUGGCACCACACGCUGGAGGCCAUCAAGUGGGGCACCGACUACUUCAUCAAGGCGCACACCGAGCCCUUCGUCUACUGGCCGCAGGUGGGGGACGGCGACACGGACCACUACUGCUGGCAGCGGCCGGAGGACAUGACGACGUCGCGGAAGGCGUACCGCGUGGACAAAGACAACCCCGGCUCCGACCUCGUCGCCGAGACCGCCGCGGCGCUCGCCGCCGCCUCCAUCGUCUUCCGCGCCUCCAACCCGCAUUACUCCCACAUCCUCCUCCACCACGCACAACAGCUGUUCGAGUUCGGGGACAGAUACAGGGGCAACUACGACAUGAGCAUCACGGAGGUGCGGGGCUUCUACGCGUCGGUGAGCGGGUACCGGGACGAGCUGCUGUGGGCGGCCUUCUGGCUGCACCGCGCCACCGGGAAGGAGGAGUUCCUGCGCUACGCCGUCGACAAGGCCGACUGCUUCGGCGGCGUCGGCUGGGCCAUGACCGAGUUCAGCUGGGACGUCAAGUAUGCCGGCCUCCAGGUCCUCGCCUCCAAGCUGCUGCUGGACGGCGAUCCGCUGGGCAAACAGGACCGGCUGGUGCUGGAGCAGUACAGGGCGAAGGCGGAGCACUACCUGUGCGCGUGCCUGCGCCUGAACAACGGCAGCAACGUGGACCGGAGCCCUGGCGGCAUGCUGUACGUCCGCCAGUGGAACAACCUCCAGUACGCCUCCAGCGCCGCCUUCCUCCUCACCGUCUACUCGCGCUACCUCGCCGGCGCCGGCGCCCGCCUCCGCUGCCCCGACGCGCCGGCGGUCCCGCCGUCCGAGCUCCUGGCCCUGGCGCGCUCGCAGGCCGAGUACAUCCUGGGCCGCAACCCGCUGCGGCUGAGCUACAUGGUGGGGUACGGCCCCCGCUUCCCCGCACACGUGCACCACCGCGCCGCCUCCAUCGUGUCGCACAAGGCGAACAACCGUUUCAUCGGCUGCAUGCAGGGGUUCGACAACUGGUACACCCACAAGCGGCCGAACCCCAACGUGCUCACCGGCGCCAUCGUUGGCGGGCCCAACUGCCGCGACGAGUUCAGGGACGACCGCACCAACUACGUGCAGACCGAGGCGUGCACAUACAACACGGCGCCCAUGGUCGCCGUCUUCGCCAGGCUGCACAACCUGUCGACGGCAGCGGCGGAGGAGGGGUGCCGCCCAGGGGCGGCGCUGGGGCUCUCGGCGAAGUGUAGAUAA